AUGCACAAUGAGCCGCUUGAUCCCUGCCAGGCCUCUCCACAGCCAGGCUUUCCAAGGCACCCCUCGAGGGUGUAUCCAACACCGACUACAGCGCUCCUGUUUACCCCUCUCAACAGAGGAGUCGCGCCUUACCUCUUCCUCUCGGACCUGCAUCUGUUGGGCCCACAGGUCUAUGGAAGUGUGGCACACUUUGGGUGGGUCCAAGACAUCCAACACAUGCAUGCGAUGCCACCUCAUCCAGCACUGGGAGGGCUUUCCGAUGCAGGGCUUCCCGCCGUGGUGCACCACUACGGCAAGCGAAUGCACGCCCACGCUGUCACGGCCCCAGUCGAACCCGAAAGGGUGAUGGCUGUCGUGAACCUGAGCUGCGUCACCACACGCCCGCGAGAUUGCUUAGCCGGGAGAGUGACGGCGAUCUCAGGGACCCGGCGACGCCGCGAUGAUGGCACACCACAGUAUCGGUCCACGCCUUCACGUGAGAGCGACUAUCAAACUCGUGGCGUUUUGUUGGCGUGGCUUGUUGUGCCCCUUGGGCAUGUGGCAGCUACCAUGGGAAAGCUGGUCCAAGACUCCAACGAUGCCAAAGAUGCUCAUACCAGCAUCCUCUUGCUUCUUCGCGAGUCGUAA